AUGACCACUGUGGCAACACCCGACCAGCGACCAACCGAAAGACGGACAACAUCAGGAGUAGCAGACGUAACGGUGGACAAGCUCGACGGAGAACUGCAGCAGCAGCGGCGGCGGCGGCGGCAGCACGACUCAGUUGCUGGCGUGUCUGCAGAGUGUCGACUAAGGCGAGAGCUGAGGAAGCUGGGAAACCUGCGCCAGCCGCAGAACGUUCUAGAGCUUCUGGCAGCGGCAAAGGGGCGAGGGGAUCCUUUGAGUCUGCGGGUGUUCAACGCGGCCAUUACCGCUGUAGCUCCUUGCGAGGAAGGGUGCAAGUUCGCGCUGAGGCUGCUGAUUUUGAUGCAGGAGGAGCGUAUAGCUCCCGACCGCUUCACGCUUACAGCGAUCGUGGCAAGCUGCUUACGAUGCCAAAAAUGGGACGUCGCGCACGGGGUGCUGGAGAAAAUGGAACUCCAAGGAAUGAGGCCGCUUGACCUGCGCCCAAGCCGGCUCACCACAGCUCCGGGCGAGGCAGGCGAGGCAAGGGAUCGAGUGCGGCGCUUGCUCGAACGUCUCCGAUCAGCCGACCUCGGGCCAGAGGAAGGCCUUCGACCGCCAGACCAACUACGCAAGGGCGGUGGCGGUGGCGGUGGUGAUUUUACAGUUCGGGAUUUCCGACAAAGGCGCGUGAAGAGCGUUGUUAGGGUCACGAGCGGGAAAGGUGGGAAGGGCGCCCGCCCGUCGGAAAACAAUAGCAGGGGGACCUUCCGCCACGUGGGGACUACUGCUGCGUCGUCACCAGCAGGUAGUGCUGUAUUGGUGGAGGUACCGCCGAAAGCCCUAAGUAGUUUCAGAAUGGAAAAUUGCAAGUUUCAGUCUACGUCGUGUCGGAGAUUUUCGGAGAACAUUCUUCCACCUCUUCGCGAAGCUUACCUGAAAGAAACGUCGAAGAAUCUCACAUCGAGCCCAACAUUUUCAAACGCUGUCGCAUCAUCAGCGGCAGACGGCGACGAUAAGGUGGGCGUUUUGCUGACGGCAGAGACGCCUCCCGGAGAAAAAUUUUUCCUGUCCGAGUUGAAGGCGGCCGCCAACACCAAGAGCUGGGAACGUGCUCUCAACCUUCUGGACGGUAUGCGAGAGGCCGGCUACGCGCCGCACCCGGGGGCCUAUGCCUGCGCCAUCAGGGCGUGUGGGAAAGCGGGGAAGUGGGAGCACUCCCUGGCGCUAAUGGACGAGAUGCGCUCGAGCGGGGUAGAGCCCGGCGAGGGCUGUAACGUGAUGGCGCUUAAGGCGUGCGCCGAUGCCGGGCUGUGGGAAAAGACUCUCGGGAUGCUCAAAGACAUGAGGGCUUCGGGCGUCAACCGGUCUGAGAGCACCUUCGUGGUGGCGAUGAAGGCCUGCGGCGACGCCGGUCGGUGGGAAGAGGCGUUGGCUGUGAUGGACGACAUGCGCAGAGAUGGCAUACCCCCAAUGGAAACGACCUACACCACCGCGAUGAAGGCUUGCGGGAGCGUUGGCAAGUGGGAGCAGGCGCUGAAGCUGUUCGAUGAAAUGAAAGACAUCGGCAUCGCACCAACUGAGCAGUGCUAUACGGCCGCCAUCAGGGCGUGCGCAAAGGCUGACAAGGCGGAGAAGGCGUCAUCGCUCCUGCUCCAGAUGUGUUCAGCACCGGGAGUUUCGACGAAUAUGUCGAGCUUCCGCGCGGCGAUGGAUGCGUACUGCAGGGCAGGAGACUGGGCGUCGGCGCUGCGGCUUCUGGAAGACGCUCGAAGAUACCAGCUCAAGCCCAACACUGCCGACCUUCGCACCAUGGUGGAGGCGUGUGGAAAGGCUGAGCAGCACGAGCGGGCUCUGUCCUUGCUGGAGGAGAUGCGCUCCGAGGGCAUGAAUUUGCGAAGGACGGGGGAGAAGCUGUGGUGGGUUUUCAACACCUGCCGAGACAAGAAGGUCAAGGAGAGAGCGUGGGUGCUCAUGGAAGUGGAACAGACGCGCGAACGCGUUAGGCUGAGAGCCGAGCGUAAUGCUCAAAAGGCAGCUGCAGAAGAAUCAGAAGCAGCAGCAGCAGCGCCGUUGCGACGUACAGCCACCACUCCGACGGUUUGA